UCCGUUUACCCACAAACACACACAAUGGUUUACACAACAUUGAGUCUAGACGAUUUUUUGGGCAUGGAGUGUACGCCCAACAUGACUCGAAUGGACUAUUUGCUUGCUGUCUCUGAAGUGUCCUGGUUUAAGUCAUUGAUCGGUGAAGAAGACAACUUAAUCGCAGAGCAAAAAGCAGAGUACUGUAUCAAGAAAGAAGAAAGGAUCACUCAGAAUAUUAAGUCCGUAUUGUCAUCAUUCCCAGAAGUUCUUGAUCAUCGUCAAGAAAAAUCAGUUCUUGAUAAUUUGAUCAUCCCAAGGGGGAAACGCUCAAUGCCAAAUGCACGUCCAAGAAAAGUUACUGAUCAAUUCUUGUGCAAUGGUGACGAAUCAAUGAUCAAGAAAGCUGUGGAAAAUAAUUCCGAAGAAGUAGUAAAGGCUGAUAAUGGGAAAAACAUACGGAUAAAAAUCAAUUUGGGUGCGAUUGCUAAUUUAGUAGUUGGCGGAAAAACCCCAAUUGGUGUCAGCAAUCAAGAAUUCAGAUUUCUGAAAAAUUCAGAAAAACGAGACGAUGAAGAAAACAGAGUAAACACGGUGGCUGAUCAUAGUGGAAACAGAGUGUCCAAAAUCAAUUACACGGCUAGGUUUGCACCAUUGCCCAUCAAGAAAAGAUUGCAAGAAGUAGCCUACAACGCAUUUGGUUUCAACAAUCAAGAAUUCUUCGAAAACAGAGUAAAGGCGUCUGAUGAUAGGGAAAGAAGAGUGCCCAAAAUCAAUUGUACGGCUAAUUUUGCAUCAUUGCCCAUCAAGAAAAGACCACGAGAAGUUUCCUACAACGCGCUUGCUUUCAACGAUCAGGAAUUGGUCAAAAAACCAGAGGCUAAAAGGAAAAAGAAGAGAAACAUUGCUGUUAGAGCUGCUGAAGCCCUCCCUGUUGUAAUCAUCAACAGAGAAUUGCGUACUAAUUUCAAGGAUAAGAUUACAAAUAUUGGGGGUUCUCUUGAAUCUGUUAAAUUGGUCAUUGAGAAAAAACUAUUCGAUACAGAUGUUAGAUCAGCAGAGGGAAGGCUUUCAAUCCCACAGACUCAGAUUAUUAAUAAGUUUCUUAAACCUGAAGAAGAAGAACUUCUGAAUAUGCGCAAUGGGACUAGAGUGUGUGGGAUGAAUGUGACUUUGAUUAAGCCUUCACUUCUUGAGGGUGUAAUCAAUCUGAAAAAAUGGACUAUGAACAAAGCCAAGGGGAACGCAAGUGCCAGUUAUGUGUUGACUACAUACUGGAAUGAAGUUGUAGAUGACAAUGGUUUGAAAAUUGGUAUGAAGGUGCAAUUAUGGGCAUUCAGAAAGGAUGAAAAGUUGUGUUUUGCGCUGGUUAAAGUGUAAGAUUCAAUUAAAGUUACUCAUCUUUCUCAGCAUAGAGUAUAAAUUAGUAGAAUCUUGUAGAUUAAUUCAGUCUUUUACUUUAUGACAUUGUUUACAUGGUUUAUUAAUUAAUUUGAAGAAAUUGUUAUAUAAUAGUAGUU